AUGUGGCCUAAAGUUACCUACAUGAAGCCAUUGCCUCCCCAAAAAAGAAGGUUACUAGGAAGGCCAACCAUUAAAAGGAAAAUGGAUCAAUCUGAGAGGGAAAGCCAGGGGAAAACAAAGCAUACUAUCUCAAAAGCAGGUGCAGUUAUGAGAUGCACCAUUUGUAGAAAAACAGGCCACAAUAGAUCAACAUGUCCUACAAGACCAAAAGAUGCAACAUCCACUUCACUGCCAAAAAAGAAGAAAGCUAAUAAAUGUAAAACAGAGAAAGGUACUGUGGAACCAGUUCAAGUACAUCCAAUUCAAGUAGAAGCUCAUGCACAACCAGAUGAUGAUGUUCAAGUACAUGAUCCUGCUCUACAUGUUGAUGUUCAUGUAGAUGAUCUUGUUAAUGAUGUCCCUGCUCAACAUGUUGAUGUUCAUGUAUAUGAUCCUGUUAAUGAUGUCCCCGCUCAACCUGUUGCAACUGGGAAGAGAACACGAAAAUACUCAGAAAGAAUUACCAAGAUUGGGUUGAGGAGGAACGUUUUGAAGAAAGAAGGAAGCAUUGAUCACCACCCACUGGUGUUGGAUUGA